CUUGUAGCAGUUUUAGUGAAUUUGUUCAAAAUGGCAAGCAAGCCGUAUCCUUUCGAAAUUCAUGAUUUGGAACCUCAUGAAGCGGAGAAAAUGAAAUUAUUUUCUGGUGAAAAGACAGGAUUUGUACGCAUAGGACCAAAAGGAUAUGUCUUUCCACACCGAUUUUUGGAAAUAGGAGCAGAUAUUUAUAACAUGGCAAUACGACCAAGCGAUGUAUUUGUUGUAACCUAUGCACGAUCAGGUACAACGUGGACCCAAGAGUUAGUAUGGCUAGUUGCGAACGAUUUGGACUACGAUACAGCAAAAUCAAUUUAUUUAACGGAAAGAUUUCCGUCUCUGGAAUUCUCGAUGAUGGUCCACCCGAUAAUGAUACAGCAUUACCUAGAAAAUUGUAAUGGAGAUGAGAAAAAGCAGAAAAAAAUUAAAAUGGUAACGUCCCAUAUCGUGAACCAACUGGAGGUGGCGCCUUCCCCACGUUUUAUAAAAAUACAUGUGCCGCUCUCCCUGUUGCCACCAAAUUUGCUUGACGCUAAAGUGGUGUACGUAGCAAGAGACCCGAGAGAUGUCGUUGUCUCAUUUUACCAUUUAUGCUGUUCAAUGACAUUCACGAGAUGGACGGGUGACUUCAAAUCAUUUUGGAAUUGCUUCAUUAGUGAUUUACAAGUAUUUUGGGACUUAUACGUAUAG